AUGGAAGGUGUUGAGAGACAACAAUCUGCAGAGCCUUCAGCUAUGAUCACCAGCAGUGCUGAUCGUAUGGUGGGCAUGGACCAUGCUGAAGUACGUUACUUCACCAGUUAUGAUCAUCAUGGCAUUCAUGAGGAGAUGCUUAAAGACGAUGUCCGGACUCGGUCAUACCGCGAUUCCAUUUAUCAGAACCGCCACAUUUUCAAGGACAAGGUUGUCCUCGAUGUCGGUUGUGGCACCGGUAUUCUCAGCAUGUUCGCCGCGAAGGCAGGUGCCAAGCACGUAAUCGGCGUGGACAUGUCCUCGAUCAUCGAGAAGGCGCGCGAGAUUGUCGCGGUCAACGGCCUCUCAGACAAGAUUACUCUUCUUCAGGGAAAGAUGGAGGAGGUUCAGCUCCCAUUUCCCGCGGUGGAUAUUAUUAUCUCCGAGUGGAUGGGAUACUUCCUCCUCUAUGAAAGCAUGCUGGAUACCGUUCUGUACGCUCGGGACCGCUACCUUGCUCCUGGCGGCAAGAUCUUCCCUGACAAGGCUACCAUGUACUUGGCUGCGAUUGAGGAUGGCGAGUACAAGGAUGACAAGAUCGGAUUCUGGGAUAACGUUUACGGAUUCGAUUACAGCCCCAUGAAGGAGAUUGCCCUUACGGAGCCCCUUGUCGAUACCGUCGAGCUCAAGGCCCUGGUCACGGACCCUUGUUCUAUUAUUACUUUCGAUCUUUACACGGUCACCAAAGCAGACUUGUCGUUCAGGGUUCCUUUCUCCCUUCCCGUCAAGCGCAGCGAUUUCAUUCACGCCAUCAUCGCGUGGUUCGACAUUGAUUUCACUGCUUGCCACAAGCCCAUCAGCUUCUCCACUGGCCCUCACGCCAAGUACACACACUGGAAGCAAACUGUGUUCUAUCUUCGCGACGUUCUCACCGUUGAAGAAGAGGAGUCUGUGUCCGGUAUCUUGGAGAACAGGCCCAACGACAAGAAUCCUCGUGAUCUAGACAUUCAGAUUUCUUACAAACUGGAGACCACGGACAAGUUGCGCUAUGCUGAGGGCAACUGCUUUUACAGGAUGUGCUAA